AUGGCGCCUCACAGAUUUCACAGCAUUGUUCCCCGCGAUCUGGAACUUGAGUUCUCGAAAACCCUGCAGGCUUUGCCAGCGGGAGCGCAGAUGGCUUCCGAGGGUGAGGUCGCCGCGGGCACGCUCUCGGCAGCAGACGCACUGGCGCUCAUUAACACGCGAAAGUACAACCUUUUAUCCAUAGACGUGGAAAAUUACGAGUGGAAACAAGAACAUUUGUUGGAGAUCGGGCUCUCAAUCUAUAAACCAUCGUACCAAACUCAUGCCCUGUUCCCCCAUAUCGUGAAUUUUCACAUCAUACUGGAGGAAGGGCUGAAAUUCACCAACAAGAGAUUUGUUCCUAAUAACCGCCUCAACAACAUCACGGGCCAGUCGAUUAUCGCUAAUAAAGUCCAAGCCCAGACUAUCAUGCAGAAAGUGUUUGACGAUGUGGACCUGUCCAAAACGAUCGUCGUCGGACACGGCUUUGCGUCCGACCUGCGCCUGUUUAAAAAAUGGGGGCUGGAAUUCCCGCAACACGUGAAAAUCGCCGACACCAUGAAACUGUGGUCCUCGCUGAUACCAUCUGGAAAGAAAGGCUCGCUGUCGUACAUCCUAGACAAAUUGGGUAUCCCUUAUGCUUAUUUACACAACGCGGUCAACGACUCGUAUUAUACGCUCGUGGCAUGCUUGAUGCUGGCGUCGCCAGAAACUCGAAACAACCUGGUGAUCGAGGAAAGACAGAUCGACCAGGAAACAGGCGAGGAAAUCACGACUCACCGCGUGCGGUGCUCUCCUCACGACCAGGACCUCGAGCUCAGAGGCCCCGACCGCAAAUCGAAACGACGCACCCAACAGACGUAUUUCCACGCUCCCCGCCAGGGCUUUCCCGUGGAGUACGUGGAAAACGUGUUAAAAGAGUUCCCGUGA